AUGGGCUUUCAAUACAAUCCUGAUGUAGACGUGCCUGAUCUCUCUGGCAAAGUCAUUCUCAUCACUGGAGGCACCAGUGGCAUUGGAAAAGCUACAAUCCUCGAACUAGCCAAACACAACCCAGCACACAUCUACUUCACCGGUCGAAACGAGAAGGCAGCCAAACAAGUCACGUUCCAAUGCGCAAACUCCUCAAACAUGACUUUCCUGCCCUGCGAUCUCGACAACCUCACAAGUAUCCGCGACGCCGCAACAAAGUUUCAACACAACCGUCUAGACAUAUUCAUCGCCAACGCAGGCGUCUCUGCCAUCCCACCCGCCCUCACAAAGGACGGCUACGAAGUCCAAUUCGGCACCAACCACGUUGGCAACGCGGCGCUGCUGCUGCUUCUCCUGCCCAUCAUGCUGCGAACUGCAAACGAGGUGCCGGGAGCAGACGUCCGCUUCGUGGCCACGACGUCGUUGGGAUAUGCCAUGGCCAAUGGGAUUGACUUUGACGCCCUGCGGUCCAAGCAGGACAAUAUGCUGCUGAUGGGCCGGUGGCGACGCUACGCGCAGAGCAAACUCGCCAAUGUGCUCUUUGCGAGGGAGCUGGGCAAACGGUAUCCGCAGAUUACGAGCCUUGCGGUUCAUCCGGGCGUGGUUGGCACGGAGGCGGUUGCCAACUUUGGGACUUUUGACAAGAUGCUCACGCGUAUCACGGCUCCAAGGGGGAUGCUGACUCCUCGCGAGGGGGCGUAUAAUACUUUGUGGGCGGCGACGUCUCUGGAGGUCAAGGACAAGGUUGAUGGCAAGACGGCGCUUUUUGAACCAGUUGGGAGGCCGCAUGGUGGGAAUGCAAAGUGUCAUAGUGAUGAGUUGUCGAGGAGGUUGUGGGAGUGGACUGUUGAGGAGGUUGGUGUGCAAGUUUGA